AUGGAAGAUCCACCGUUUUACCCCUCUACUCGAGGACAGACCCAGAUGACGCCCAACAGGAUAAGCCUGCGUCCACGCCUGCUCAACAGCCGCCGUGAACCAACUUACCACAUUCAGCAAGGGUUUAAUAAUCUGACGCUAAGGCACAUGAGUACUCCCUUCUCCGAGGAUAUCAUGAACGCCCCAAAAGAGCCCAAGGUAAAAACUCCUACCAUUGAAGCCUAUGACGGUACCACAGAUCCCCAUAUGCACUUAGUUGCAUACCGUCAUCAUAUGUAUGUUCAAGGAACCAAUGAAGCCACUUGGUGCAAAUAUUUCCCGGCCACUCUCAAAGGAGUAGCGUCUAAAUGGUUUGAGCGAUUGCCCCCAGGGUCAAUUGCCUCUUUAAACGAACUGCAGACUCUGUUCUCCACCAGGUUCAUGGCACCCAAGGAAGAAAGGAAAACAAGUAUGCACUUGGGACGAAUUCAACAUGGGAAGGAUGAGUCACUAAGAAGCUAUGUGAAACGCUUCAACCUAGAGGCCGGACAAAUCCCAGAUUUGCCGGAUGGCGUCUUCUUCGAUAAUUUUAUCAGGGGACUGAAGAAGGGAUCCUUUAAGUUUGACCUAGUCAAUAAAAGUGUGCGGACUAUGGAUGAGGUUUUGGACGAGGCUGAAGCAUUUAUCCAUGCAACAGAAAUAUGCAGCGCGUCAAAAGAUGGAAGGAUUGGAGAAGCAACAGAUUCCUCGGGGAAGAAAGACAAGAUAGACAGAAAAGCCCCACGAGUAAAUGGUACUUGGGCACUCUCAAAAGAGCAUGAUAACAAUUCUCCUGGACACAAGAGAGAACGUCCACAAGAAAGGGAAUACUUCGAGUAUAACACAGAUCUCCUCACAAUACUGAAAGACGUCGGAACCAGGUAUGACCUUGAACGACCUUUCCCCAUGAAGUCUCCUGUUGAGAGUCGAGACCCUAAGUUAUAUUGCCAGUUCCAUGAAGACAUAGGGCAUGAAACCAAGAACUGCAGAAGCUUGAAGAGAGCUCUAGACGACCUAGCCUCUAAAGGACACCUCAAGACCUACUUACAGAGGAAUGCUCACGGCUCUGGGAAAAGCGAGUACAAAAAGAACAAGUCACCUGUCUCACCUACGGAGGGAAAUCACACCGAAGGGGGGUUUGUAGCCGUCAUAUCUGGGGGAUCGGCCGCUGGAGGACCCACCAUGAGGGGACAGAAAGAUUAUGCUCGCCGCCUGGGGCAGGUAAUGCUGUCAGGAAAGUCACCUCUGGACCCAUUCCCACGGAUCGAUAUAUGUGAGUCGGAUGGUGGACGAAUAGCCACUCCGCAUGAUGAUCCUCUUGUGAUCGAGUUCAAAAUAUCCAAUAUGAGGGUGAAGCGCAUCUUAAUAGACACGGGGAGCUCGUCUGACAUAAUGAGCGUGGAAUGCCUCAACCGCCUAGCACAUGACCCCAAAACCAUGUAUAGCAUACACUAUCCCAUCAUUGGUUUUGGAGGAAGCAUUAUACAUCCUGUAGGCGUCAUCACUUUGCCGGUUCGGAUUGGGGAUAGAAAAAACGGACGGAAGAUGGAAGUGAACUUCCUAAUUGUUAAGGAUUUGACAACAUACAACGUCAUCUUGGGACGACCCACCCUGAACAAGAUUAGAGCAGUAGUCGUCACCCAUCUGAUGCUUUUGAACGGUCUUCAGCAUACCAUGAAGUUCAGUGAGCAUUUUGUACAGACUAUUCCUAGAAUACACAUUGCAACCCUAAUUUUCUGUGUGCCUCCUAGAGUGAGUUUUUCCCAAAAAGCCAAACAACCUUGA